GACGUCAACGCAAACGCAGGUUCUUGACUGAGAUAACCCGGAAGUGGUCGGCUGUGGACAGGAAGUCGAGGAUUAUCAGUGAGCUGGCAUCUGAUGACCUUGUUGUUCUCUUUCUGGCCAUGACGUCUCUGGGUGGCAGCAGUCAGGCAGGCGGCGGGCAGUCUGUCACUGAAUAUGUCGUACGUGUACCCAGGAACCCCAGUAAAAGAUACAACCUUAUGGCGUUCAAUGCAGCGGAUAAAGUUGACUUCUCUACAUGGAACCAGGCACGUAUGGAGCGGGAUCUGAGCGCCAAGAAGAUGUAUCAGGAUGAGGAAAUGCCAGACUCCGGGGCUGGGAGCGAAUAUAAUCGCAAGCAGAAAGAGGAGUCCAGGAGGCGGAAGUACGGCAUUGUGCUGAAAGAGUUCAAGAAUGAAGACCAACCCUGGAUGCUAAGGGUUAAUGGCAAAGCCGGGCGCAAGUUUAAAGGUGUGAAGAAAGGCGGAGUGACGGAGAACGCCUCUUACUUCAUCUUCACCCAGUGUCCAGAUGGAGCAUUUGAAGCUUUUCCAGUUUCCAACUGGUACAACUUUACUCCGGUGGCCAAACAUCGCACCCUGACCGCUGAGGAGGCCGAGCAAGAAUGGGAAAGACGAAACAAAAUCCUCAACCACUUCAGCAUCAUGCAGCAGCGUCGCCUGAAGGACCAAGGACUAGAUGACGAGGAAGAGGAGGGUGGAGGCAAACAAGAGAAAGGUGGGAAGAGUAAGAAAAAGAAGAAAAACGACCUGAAGAUUCACGACCUCGAAGACGAUUUAGAAAUGAGUUCCAGCGAGAGCGAGGAGAGUGGAGAAGAUGGGGAAGAGGGUCGGCCCAAGGCACAAAAGAAAACUGCUCAGAAGAAGAAGAAGAAAAAAGGAUCUAAGUCUGAUGAUGAGGCUAUAGAGGACAGCGACGAUGGAGACUUUGAGGGCCAGGAGGUGGAUUAUAUGUCUGAUGAGAGCAGCUCAGAUGAAGAACUUCCUGGGAAACCAAAACCUGUGAAGGAGGAUGAGCAUCCAAAAGGCAUCGAUGAAGGAAGUGAGAGCAGUGAGGAGAGUGAGGAGGAGAAGGUAGAGGAAGAGGAGGAGGAAGAGAAGAAAGCACCUACACCCCAGGAACGGAAGAAGAAGAGAGACAGCAGUGAAGAGUCUGAGACCUCUGAGGACAGUGAUAUAGAUGGAGAGGCUUCCUCUGCUCUUUUUAUGCAGAAAAAGAAGACUCCUCCAAAGAAGGAUAAGAAAGGCGGCUCCAACAACAGCUCCCGUGCCAAUAGCAGACCCGGCACCCCCUCUCCUGACGCGGGGAACACGUCUAAUACCCUCAGGGCUGCAGCCAAUAAACUGGAGCAAGGCAAACGUGGUGCUGCCAGUCAUACUCCAGCGGCAAAACGUUUAAAGAUGGAUUCUGGACCGCAGAAUACAUCGGGAAAAUCAACCCCGCAGCCCCAGUCUGGAAAGUCCACUCCCUGCAGUGGGGACAUUCAGUUGACCGAAGAGGCGGUUAGAAGGUAUCUGACCCGCAAACCCAUGACGACCAAGGACUUACUGAAAAAAUUCCAAACCAAGAAGACCGGUCUCAGCAGCGAGCAGACUGUAAAUGUACUCGCGCAGAUUCUGAAGAGACUCAACCCCGACCGCAAGACAAUACAUGACAAAAUGCACUUCUACCUGAAGGAAUGACACGUUUCGGACCAGCUUCCCAUGUGCACUAUAGGACCCCCACACAAUGGGCUCCAUCUUUGCCAUUGAACCUGGUAGCGUGAGCUUGGUGCAGAGGACGCGCGGGUGGCUUUAAAGAUGGUGUGGCAUUUUCCCAUGUGAUUUGUUAAGUAACUGUUGUUGUUUUUUUAUUACGUUUUGAGGAACAAGUAUUAAAAUGAGGUCUUUUUAAGUAUUUUCCCUGUGUU